AUGGACUUCAAUCUGAAGCAAUGGAGAGAACAUCAUCAGGGUGAGUCAGACCAAGAACACACUACGCCUUGUGCAAAGAUACCAAGACUUCACCUUGAUUACUCUGUUUACCCACAGCAUCAGCCACCCUCAGGAGACUCGUCUGCCCUUCCAUUGUUUGUUACUGAACCAACCAGUAUCAGUAAGCUCAGCAGCAACCUGUCAGCGCCAUACCCAAACCCCACUGAUUCAACUCCCACUCCCACCAAAUAUCCCGGAGAAGCAGGAGGGAUGGGGAGUUAUUACUUUAGCUUGGCCCAGUGGCAGGAGCUUGAACUGCAGGCAUUGAUCUUCAGACACAUGCUAGCUGGUGCUGCUGUUCCUCCCGAAUUACUCCACCACCUUGUCAAGAAAACCCUCCUCAACUCUUCUCAUCAUCAUCACCCUUAUUACGCCCCUCACCACCAUCGUCAUCACUAUCCUCCUCAUUUCCAAUCUGCAUUGCUGCAGUCGGGGUACUGGGGAAGAGCUUCCAUGGAUCCGGAGCCAGGGAGAUGCCGGAGGACAGAUGGCAAGAAAUGGAGGUGCUCUAGAGAUGUGGUGGCUGGGCAGAAGUACUGCGAGCGCCACAUGCACCGUGGCCGAAACCGUUCAAGAAAGCCUGUGGAAAUCCCCACUACUCGUACCGCUACCCCUGGUAAUGGCGGUGCUAAUGUGUGCGGCGGAAUCCUGAAAAACAGCAGCUUCCUUGUUGCUCAAUCCUUAGGAUCUGCAAUGGCUGCUGGUGGUAGUGUCGCCGGCGAUACUCCUCAUUCUGCAAUUUCUGGGUCAUCACCGUCCAUUGAUAUUCUGCACCUCAGUCAAAGAUCCUCAGAAUCAAUAGUUCGAUCCCAGGAUGAUGUGCACGGAGAUGAUACUAGAUCAAGUGGGCAGAUACUUCGGCAUUUUUUUGAUGACUGGCCUCGAUCACUCCAGGAAUCUGACGAUGGAGGAAGCAAUGGGACUUCAGCCACCACUAACCUUUCAAUCUCAGUUUCAGGCAACCCCACCACAUCCGACUUCUCUUUGAAGCUCUCCACCGGUGAUGGAGAUGACACUACUGAUGCUGAAAACGUAGAGUGGGAGAGAAGCCAAUCAAACUGGGGUGUUACCGGUACCUGGGGAGCAAACCAAGUGGCUCCAAUGGGCGGACCACUUGCAGAGGCCUUACGAUCAUCAACGUCCAAUUCCUCGCCAACCAGCGUUCUACAUCAAUUGCAACGGCGCUCUGCUUCGGAGACCAGCUACGUCAGCACUUGAUACGAAUUUAAUUUGCAUACAAAUAUCCUCCCAUUAUUAUUAUUAUUAUUGUGCUGUUUUCAUUUAAGUAAUUUUUUAUGUCUUACCAUGCUGAACACUC